UGACAGCUGCCAUUAGUCUAUGCUUAAUAUUUUGAAGCUCUCAACUUCAGAUGGUUGAAAAUCUUUCGUGUAAAAACAGAUGACUCUAACAAGGAAAUCAUUGCAGAUUCUCCAAUGAGAAUCAUUUUUUUUGGGUAAGAAAGUGAAGUAGAAAAGGAAGCACGCUGCAACCCAAAUGCGAAGACAAGUGUAAAGAACAAUGUCCUCGUCGCCUCGCUAGUUCUGCCAUCACAAACCCUCCCAUACAUCCUUCUUUGGAUCCUCUCCAAGGAACAUCUGAGCCAGGUUCUAGUAAAGACCAAACCUUCUGGAAGGAAUGGUCCGAAAAUGAAAAACUUCAAAAACGGAAAAAGGAUGUCAUCACUUCCUCCGGGAGUAUGAUAGUGGUGUCCAACCGUUUACCUUUUGUUUUGAAGAGGCUGGAAAAUGGCAGACUAUCGAGGCAUGCAAGUGCUGGAGGUUUGGUUACGGCUGUAGCUCCUGUAGUAAUAAACGGAAAUGGGUUGUGGGUAGGUUGGCCAGGAAUUCACCUGGAGGAUCCCGAGGAAGCCAUACCAGAAUCUGAGCCUGGAGAUAUAACACCCACUGCGGGACUCAAAUCAGAUAAGGUGGUAGCAGUACGUGUGGACCCCAAAAUGUUCGACUCAUACUAUAAUGGUGCAUGUAAUGGAACUUUCUGGCCUCUAUUCCACUCAAUGCCAGACAGAGCUACCUUCAAGCUGGAAGAAUGGAGGGAUUACGUAGCAGUCAACAAACUGUUCGCCAACUGCACAAUCAAAGCCCUUAAAUCUUUGAAGAGAGGAAAGAAUACUCCUGAUCAUGAAGUACCCCUCAUCUGGGUUCAUGACUAUCAGUUGAUGGUGGCAGCUAAUUGGAUAAGGCAGGCUGCCGAACAGGAAGAGAUCCCAUGCAAACUAGGAUUCUUCCUCCACAUCCCCUUCCCGCCAUGGGACAUCUUUCGACUCCUCCCAUGGGGAGACGAAAUCCUGCAGGGAAUGCUCAACUGCGACAUGGUCGGCUUCCACAUCACUGACUAUUGCCUGAAUUUUGUAGACUGCUGUCAGAGAUACCUAGGUUGUCGUGUCGACCGUAAGAACCUGCUGGUUGAACAGGGAGGAAGAUCCGUAAGGGUGCGACCUCUUCCUAUCGGGAUACCCUUCGAGAGGUUCGUGGAACUGGCGGAGAAGGCGCCCAAAGUGUUCUCGGGGGAGCAGAAGAUCAUACUGGGGGUGGACAGACUCGACUACACCAAAGGGUUGGUUCACAGGCUGCUGUCCUUCGAGAUGCUGCUGGAGAAGCAUCCGGAGCACAGAGGUCAGGUCUCGAUGCUCCAGGUCGCCGUGCCGUCUAGGACGGACGUGAAGGAGUACCAAGAGCUGAAGGAGAACCUGGAGCAGCUGAUUGGUAGGAUCAACGGAAAGUUCACCACGCCGAAUUGGUCGCCCAUCAGAUACAUUUAUGGUCAGGUUAGUCAGGACGACUUAGCUGGUUAUUACAGGGAUGCUUUUGUUGGCCUGGUGACACCGUUGAGGGAUGGAAUGAACUUGGUCGCCAAAGAAUUUGUGGCUUGCCAGAUCAACUCUCCCCCAGGUGUUCUCAUAGUUUCCCCGUUUGCCGGAGCUGGAGAAACGAUGCACGAGGCUCUCGUCUGCAACCCGUACGAGAUCGCCGGCGCAGCCGAGGUGUUACACAGGGCUCUGACCAUGCCCGAAGACGAGAGGAUCCUUCGCAUGAACUACCUGAGGAGGAGAGAGAAAGUUAACGAUGUGAACUUCUGGACGAAAUCUUUCUUAUCGGCAAUGGGUUCCUUGUUCACCCCUGAGGACCGAGAUGAUGUGGGAUCUAUCAUGAUGCCUGCUGUUACUUUGGACGACUUCGAUGAAUAUCUGUCGAAAUACAUUGGAGAUACUCAUAAGCUCGCGCUUCUACUAGAUUAUGAUGGUACUCUUGCACCAAUCGCACCUCAUCCGGAUCUCGCAGUCAUGCCAACUGAAACCAAAAACAUUCUUCAGCGAUUGUCGAAUAUCCCGGAUGUCUACAUAGCUAUCGUAUCAGGACGAAAUGUGAACAACGUGAAAGAAAUGGUGGGUAUUGAAGGCAUAACAUACGCCGGCAACCAUGGUCUAGAAAUCCUCCACUCAGACGGCACCAAAUUCGUGCAUCCGAUGCCUCCGGAGUGCCACGAAAAAGUGGCUUCCCUCCUUGCCAAGCUGCAGGAGCAGGUUUGCAGGGACGGCGCUUGGGUUGAGAACAAAGGCGCUCUACUGACAUUCCACUUCAGGGAAGUCCCUGUCCAUCUCAGGGACGCACUUGAGAAACAGGCGCGUAAGCUGGUGGAAGAAGCUGGCUUCAAGGUGGGAAAUGCCCACUGUGCCAUUGAGGCGAAGCCACCAGUAGAGUGGAAUAAAGGUAGAGCCUCCAUCUAUAUCUUGCGAACGGCUUUUGGAGUUGAUUGGAGUGAGCGUAUCAGGAUUAUUUAUGUUGGUGACGAUGUGACCGAUGAGGAUGCUAUGAUGGCUCUCAAAGGAAUGGCUGCAACAUUCAGAGUAACAACUUCAAAUAUCAUCAAAACGUCAGCAGAACGUCGGUUGCCAUCAACAGAUUCAGUUCUCACCAUGUUGAAAUGGAUAGAACGUCACUUUUCCAAGAGAAUGCCCAACAUAAUCGAUGCCACAACCUACAGAAGAGGAUCGUUAGCCAAAGCAAUGACCAAAAACGUACACAUGGAAUGUGAGAUCUCCGCACUUGCUCAAGCUCUAUCUACCAAAAACGAAAACAAUCAUACCGAGGACUGAAAAUUGAAUCGUGCAAAAUGGAUGCAUCAUUUUUAAAAAAAGUGUUAGCAGUACGAACCAAAGAUAAGGAUCGAAUGGAAAUCACUGAAGCUUUAGGGUUAAAUAAGAAUAGAGCAGUUUCCGAUUAGUGAUUUUGAUGAUACUCACCUUGGGUACUCUUUGUUAUCGUUACUUUCGUAGUAAUCACUUGUCGUGCAUAGCAUAUCUUUACAGAUUCAAAUUUUCGUCUUAAGCGUUUGAAAAAUUCAGGAAAAAUAUACUCGACUGUAUUUCCUAGACUGAUAACUUGUAAAGUGAUUUAUAUCUUCGGAAAACUAGAUUUAAUAGAUAUAUUCAAUGACUAUUUAUUUUUAUAAUGAUGUUUCUUCACUCGAACAUGAAAUCAUAUCAUAUCAGUGAGUAAUAUUCAUGCAUAGAAUCUUAUAGCCAUCUUCUAAGAAUCUUGUUUGUGUGAAUGUGAAAUAAAUAUAAUAUGGAACUCA